AUGACAAGAUCGUUCUCCACCCAAAACAUCCCGCAAUUGCCCCCAGACCCGCUGUUCGGCCUGAAAUCCAGAUACACAGAGGACUCCCGCUCCAACAAGGUCGACCUCGGUAUAGGGGCCUACAGAGACAACAGCGGCAACCCGUGGAUCCUGCCCUCGGUCAAACUCGCCGAGAACCUGCUCCAGAACUCCAAGGACUACAACCACGAGUAUCUGCCGAUCUCCGGGUUCAAAUCGUUCACCGACGCCGCAGCAAGAGUCAUCCUGGGCGAUGACUCUAAAGCAAUUGUCCAGGACAGACUCGUUUCCAUCCAGUCGCUGUCGGGAACAGGCGCUUUGCACAUUGCCGGUAAGUUCCUCAAGGACUUCUACGUGUCGGAGUCGUCUGCUGAGCCUCCGUUGAUCUACGUUUCGCAGCCAACUUGGGCCAACCAUAUCCAGCUAUUUGAGUACAUUGGACUGAAAAUUGCUACGUACCCGUAUUGGGACGCGAAAACCAAGUCGCUGGACCUGGACGGGUUCCUGGACGCAAUUAAGAAGGCCCCACAAGGGUCUGUGUUCCUGUUGCACGCCACAGCGCACAACCCAACAGGACUGGACCCGACCCCUGACCAAUGGCUCAAGAUCCUCAAGGCUGUGGAACAGGGCGGCCAUUUGGCUCUGUUCGACUCGGCGUACCAGGGCUUUUCGUCGGGCUCGCUCGAAAAAGACGCGUGGGCCGUGCGCGAGGCCGUGGACAAACAGUACCGGUUCCCGAUCGUGGUCUGCCAGUCGUUUGCUAAGAACGCAGGCAUGUACGGCGAACGGGUCGGCGCAGUGCACGUGGUGUUGCCAGACCACGACGCCGCACUCAACAAGGCCGUUCUGUCGCAGCUGUCCAAGAUCGUCCGGUCCGAGCUGUCGAACCCGCCAGCGUACGGAGCCAAAAUCGUGUCGUUGAUCCUCAACACCCCAGAACUGAAAAAACAGUGGGAAGAAGACCUCGUCACCAUGAGCUCGCGCAUCUCGAAGAUGCGCAAAACACUCACCGCAGAGCUCGAAAACCUCGGCACCCCAGGCACCUGGAAACACAUCAGCGAACAGCAAGGAAUGUUCUCGUUCACGGGGCUGUCGCCAGCCCAGGUCGAGCGACUCGAGAAGAAACACGGCGUGUACCUCGUGGGCUCCGGCCGCGCCAGCAUCGCCGGCCUCAACGAGGGCAACGUCAAGCACGUCGCCCAGUGCAUCGACGAGGUGGUUAGAGCCGUGUAG